AUGGCUGUGGAUGCCAGUUUGAGCAUCUCCAGUGAACCAAGGAAAGACCUGGAAAGAAGUGCGGACGGAGAAUUGGGAGGUCCAUGCCUCACGGGACAGGCCCCCUGCGAUGACGAAAACGCGGAGUGCAUGGAUGGAACCUGCGGGUGCAGGGACGGAUACGUGGCGGACCCGGAUGUGUGCCGGAUGAAAGCCGGCGAAAACUGCACGGAGGCGCCAAACGACUGCGUGUUCAACGCCAACUGCACCGACCCAGAAGGCGACCAGGAUUUCCUGUGCGAAUGCGACCUUGGAUUCCUGGCCGAUCUCGGAGGAAGAUGCCGUGAGUCCAGA